AUGCUGUCCAUUUUGAGGAAGGCAAGGUUGAAGGACAAGGAGCUGCGCAUUUUGAUGCUUGGUCUUGACAAUGCGGGCAAAACCACCAUUGUCAAAAAGAUCAUGGGCGAGGAUAUCAACACCGUCAGCCCCACCCUUGGCUUCAUCAUCAAGACGAUUGACUAUGAAGGAUACAAGUUAAAUAUUUGUGAGUGGCCCUACCUAACCACACGCCCAAACAACCAUCAGCUAACUGUAGCAGGGGAUGUCGGCGGUCAAAAGACUCUUCGUUCGUACUGGCGCAACUAUUUCGAAAAGACCGACGCCUUGAUUUGGGUGGUUGAUGCCACAGAUCGACUGCGCAUUGCCGACUGCAGAGAGGAAUUGCAUGGGCUUCUUCAGGAAGAGGUAGUUGAAAAGCGACUUUCAGGGGCAAGUCUGCUUGUGUUUGCAAAUAAGACAGAUGUUGAAGGGUGCAUGACGGCAGAGGAGCUUAAAGAUGGACUGAACCUUGAUGAGAUUCGAACACAUCAGUGGAAUAUUCUGAGAUGUAGCGCUGUCACGGGACAAAACCUGAAAGAAGGUCUGGCUUGGGUUGUGGACGACGCCAAAGCCCGGUUGUUUCUUUACUAA